AUGCCAAGCGUCGUAGCAGACGAGUCGCUUAAGCGAAAGAGGUCAAAGUCCUCUGUCAAGUCGAACAAGCGCGCAAAGGCCGACAGCGACAGCGAAAGCGAAGAUGAAGGGUCGACCCAGCAGGCUCAGAUUCUGAGCCUCGAGAGCGAGAUCCUCGAAUCCAAGAAACACUACAACAACAUCGCAAAGCUGCUCGAGAUUGCCAAGGGCACAGAAGACGCCGAUAGUGCUGAUUUCGCCACAGUUUCCCUCUGCCGAGUAUUCCUUCGGUUGCUAGCUGGCGGACACCUGCUGCGAGCAACCGGGCAGUCAGAAAAGGAAGUCGUGGUGGUACAAUGGCUCAAGAGCAGACUGGGCGACUAUAGAAAGCUCGUCGUCAGUGCUCUAGGGGACGAGACCACCGCAUCGACUGCCCUGACGUUGGCUAUGCGCAUCCUCAAGGCCGAGAGCCAGCACAGCAACGACAAAUCGGAAUACACUUUCCCCAAGGUCUUCCUCUCUGACAUUGUGCGGGAGAUUGUGCACAAUGGCUCCGAAGACGUACGGGACGAAUUUUGUGAGAAGUACCUGGGCGAAUACGCGGAUAUCAAGUUCUACACUUUCAAGGCUCUCAAGGACAUUCUCGCCGAGUCCGAAGAAGAUAUCGAGUCCAAUUUGUUUGAUAAAGCUUUCGAGAUAAUGGCCUUCUUCGAAGACGCACCCGACGACAUGGAGCAGAUGGGCGACUUCUAUAUUGAGGCGCCCAAAAGGAAGGGCCACCCGGUCACUUCCUUCCACCAACAGAAAAGAGCAGCGCAGGAGGCCUGGCUGGCAGUAUUGGCGCUGGGAAUGUCUCGCGAGCAACGGAAGAAGGUGCUCAGCAUAAUGACUGGUUCCAUUGCGCCGUGGUUCUCGAAACCAGAGCUGCUCAUGGACUUCUUGACAGAUUCGUACAAUGCUGGAGGCGCAACCUCUCUGCUAGCACUGUCAGGUGUCUUCUAUCUCAUCAAGGAGCGCAACCUCGACUAUCCCUCGUUCUACCGCAAACUAUACUCACUUUUGGAUGCCGACAUCCUCCACUCAAAGCAUCGGUCCCGCUUCCUUCGACUGUUGGACACCUUCCUCAGCUCAACCCACUUACCGGCUGUUUUGGUCGCCAGCUUUAUCAAGCGUAUCAGUCGUUUGUGUUUGAAUGCACCACCUGCCGCGAUAGUCUCGGUGAUCCCCUGGAUCUACAACCUUUUCAAGAAGCACCCUGGCUGCACAUUCAUGAUGCACCGGGUUCUAAGGACGCCGGAGGAGAAAGAAGCUUUAGCCAACGAUGGGUUCGUGGACCCCUUCCUGGAGAACGAGCAGGAUCCUACGGAGACGGAGGCCAUCGAGAGCUCUCUGUGGGAGAUCGUCCAGCUCCAGUCCCACUACCACCCGAACGUGGCGACAAUAGCCAAGAUCAUCUCGGAGCAAUUCACGAAGCAGUCAUAUAAUGUGGAGGAUUUCCUCGACCACUCUUACAGCAGUCUGUUGGACGCCGAGCUCGCAAAGCAGAUCCGCAAGCCACCCGUUGUUGAAUUCAUGAUACCCAAGAGAGUGUUCCUGCCGCAAGAAGCUGGUGCCGAGGCGGAAGACACGCUCCUAGCGAAGUUGUGGGAUUUUCAAUAG